AUGCCUUCGCCAGAGCUCAUCACCCACUUUCCCGCCCGCGCCGCCGGCAUGGAGCCGCUGGAAGCUCUCGCCUCCGCCCCAUCGCUCACGGCGCUGGCCACCUGCGCCGCGCUGCUCUGGCUUGUCUACCGCGCAUGGCUGGUCAUGGUGAUCAAGGAGGACGACCUCAUCAAGCUCCUCGGCCUCGACGUCCCCGCAGCACCCCAGGUCUCCCUCGCAGGCAUCAAGGCCGACGGCGCCGUUUUCCACUGGGAGCCCGCCGAGCCCCGCAGCAGCAUCCAGGCAUACCAGAUCAAGAUCAAUGGUGUUUUCGUUGAAGAGGUUGGGCCCAAGGAUACCUCCGUGAACGUCGCAAACCUCAAGCCGGGCACCGCCUACACCCUCCGCGUAAUCGCCAUCAACCACCACAAUUUCCACACCCAGAGCGAGCCUCUCCGCUUCCGCACGAAGCCGCCUUCCUCCGACGACUUCUUCGACUUCGCCGCAUACAACCGCGCCGUGGAAAUCGCCAACGAUGACGAGCAUGAACACGACGAGAAGUGGUGGGUGGAGCCCAAGAUCACCCCUUGCAAGGGAUUUCUCGAGCCAACCUCGCCGCUUCCAACGCCUUCGGACAUGGUUCGUUCGCAGAGCAACAGCACAUCGCAUCCAAGGAGGGCCACCACCGGCCGACGGAAUUCCCCGAACACAAGCGCGUACCAGCAAGCUGACGACUCGGCCGACGACACGAAAUCCGGAGAAACCGAGGCCCAGCUGCAGGCGGAGGGAGACAAGCUACGCUCGGAUAUCGCCGUCACUCGCAAGGCCAUUGAUGAGGAGGAAAAGGGUUUCAAGGACCAGAAGGACGUUUUCAGCGCAAAGCACAAUGAGCUCAAGGACGAACUCGCCCGCAAGACGGCCGCCAGCUCUGAGCUGAGGAAAGAGGUUGUUAAUCUUGAAAAAGAAAACCAGCGCGCCCAGGCCAAGAAGACGGCCGAGGAAAAAUCUCUCGACAAGAAGCUGAGCGAAAGAAAGAAAAUGCAGGAUGACGUUCAGCGUUUCAGGGCUGAGAUGGACGAGAUGGCCGGGGAGAUCGAGCGCUUUGGACAGAAACAGGUCGAGUAUCAACAGAGCUCUGAACAGAAGGCUCAAGAGCUCCGGGACAAGCACUCCGAGGAGCUAGGGGUCAUCAAAGCCCUCGAGGAUUCCGUGCGGGAAACCGGUAUUCAAAACAGAAUUCUUGAGGAGGAACGCAAGAAAUACGAGGGAGGAGAGGGCGACAUUGAUGCCGAGCUCAGAGCGCAGUGGGCCGAGGAAGAGCGCCAAUGGAGUGAUCGUAUCAGAGGGUUGCAGCAACGCUAUCAAACUGCAUGGGCCACUCUUCAAGCUGCGGAGAGAGCAUACAACGAGGCGCAGAGCCAGCUGCACAUACUCUCACAAAGAGCUGCAAAUCAACCUCAGGUCUUUAGACAGCCUCCAAUCCUGGAUGCAGCUCCAUCCCGAAGGGCCAGCCAGAGGCGCAGACCCCACGCUGGCAGCGUUGGACAAGACAGCUUCUCUGCCGCUCCCAGCUUCUCCGUCACCACCGCACCAUAUAACAAUAACAGCAUUUCGAACAUCUCGCCAUCGGUCAUGUCCUCUUCGCCAUUUUUCAACUAUGCCAACGGCGCAGUCCCUAUAUCGAAUCGCGAAAGUAGCUUUUCACCUGCCGAAAUCGAAAUGCUCACCGGUGGCGCGCCUAUGAGCCCGAAUGCUGGUGCACUUCUUCCGUCGGACCUGUUUGCCGGUGAAACUGACCGAUCUGCCGAUGAGGGAGAAUCUGACUUCAGGCCUGAUCUCGACGAAGACAGACAUUCUUCGGGAUCAUUUGGCAGAGGUCCCGAUGCUCUUGCUAUUCCGGGUCUGGGCGCACACCAAGCCCGAGAAACAGCGAACAGGAGCCCCAGCUCCCCGGCGUCUGCUCAAAGUCGAUCUCCUAGCCUUUUUGCGAGCCCACGAGCUAGUUCGAAUCAACUUCCCAUCGGAUACCCGUCUCAGGACUCCGGCAAGGAAGCCGACGCACUCUCAGUGAAGUCGCUUUCUGGGUCUGCCCGACACGUCGGGGGUUCGAUGCUGCAAAGCAGGUUCGGUCAGCUGUUCAGCCGUCAAAGAGGUAAGACGCUCUCUGAUGAAGGACCGGCAUUAGGAUCGUUGAAGCCUAGCCAAAGUCACUCGAUGCCUCGCCAAGAUCCGGCAGAGCUGGAUCCUAUUGGAACGCAGAGGCGGCGUGGGAGCCAUUCCGGCGGUAGUAGCUGGAUGGAUUCCAUGGCCAAGCCUUUCCGGAGCUCUACAGGCCCGAGCACAGUCAGCCCCAGCCAUGUGCAGACAAGAAAACGCGGAUUCAAGCUGUUUCCUGGUAAGGAGGAUGAGUCGUCUUGGCCCGCGGCUUUUGGCAUGGAACGCCCACCAUCUCCAAGGCCUAAUUCGACCAAAUCUUUUGGCGAUGUAAAUCAGCUCCCACGACCCUCGACAGAGAGCUCCCAACGUUUCGGAUGGGGGCCAGCCGAGCCACCUGCACAGCGGUCGAGCCCGUUGAACACUACCGUAGAGCUCGGUUAUAACGCAAUGAGCGGCUAUUCGCGUCAUCCGUCCCGGCGUCCCUCCAUCCAGUACGGUAACUCUUCGACUGGUUUGGGUUAUGAAGAUAUCGUGGAGGAUAAUUAUGACUACGGGCCGGUAAUGCGAUCUCAAGCGCCUAUUGGCACUCGUCCUCCAUCGCAACCGCAACAGCAACCGCAACCAGCACCAGCGACGCCUCCGAGCGGGAAGCUGAACCCUGCUGCGCCCGUGUUCAAGGGCCUGUGGGAUCGUUCCGCGGACAAGAAUUCGAUUCCAAAGUCCGAGAGUUUCGACGCCACCGCCGAGGAAGCCAGACCAUCGGCCACUGCAGCAACAGACUUCGCCACGUCCGUCUCAUCCACCGUGCCCACGGUCGAGCCGCCCGAGUCGCCCAGCGACGUGCUGGCCAACCUCGACGUCUCGCCGAUUUCGAUGCGCAAGUCGCGCGACGGCCGCGCCAGCACCGUCACGUCCAACGCCGAGACGGCAUCGCUUUCACUCUCGGCUUCGUGGAGCCCGCGCGCCUCGCUCGACCGGUCCGAGUCGCGCAACACGUCGGAAAGUCUGGCGGGCACGUCUGUGGGCAAGGAGUCCUGGAUGAGCAAGCUCUCGCGCAAGGGCAGCUCGUCCAAGUUCCAGCUCCCGGGUUUCGGCAGCAUCAGCGGCGGCAGCAGCAAGGACAAGGGGUCUUCGGCUAGCAGCUUCUUCUCCCGCUCGCCCCGCGUGGACAGAGACCACAACAACGACGAGCAUGACGACGAUAGCGCUGCUGGCACAGAGCCGCCGACGCCCGGCUUUGUGUCGAGCUUCGCCAACAGUGCGUCUAGUAGCCCGUACAUUGGCGGAGGCGACGGGCGCGAGAGAAGCAAGGAAGAGAAGAAGGCGGACCGGAGCAGUGGGCUUAGUUGGAGCAGCUUGCGUAGGAAGAAGAAGAGUAGCGAAAAGGCGCCGAGCAUCAACGAAAGUAUCGCGAGUGAGCGCGAGGGGGAUGAGAGAGAUGAAGGUGCUGAGGGAUUGGGCGUGAGUGGGGCUUGA